CAGAGGUCCGUUCUCCCAGCACACAGGAGAAUACAGCAGGCUCCUCAGGCCUCCAGGAUGCCCGUCUCUGCCUCCUGGUUCCGCCCUCCUCCUGGCCUGCUGCUGACUCUCCUUCUGGGCUUCACAGGAGGGGCAGGUGCGGAGCUGCAGGUGAUUCAGCCUGACAAGUCAGUGUUAGUAGCAGCCGGAGAGACGGCCACCCUGAGCUGCACCGUGACCUCUGCUAUCCCCGUGGGGCCCACACAGUGGUUCCGGGGGACAGGGCCAGGCCGGGAGUUAAUCUACGAUUUCAAUGGAGGCCUCGGCCCCCGAAUAACAACAGUUGGAAACACCACAAGUAAAGACAACACAGACUUUUCCAUCCGCAUCAGUAACAUCUCCCCAGCAGACGCCGGGACCUACUACUGUGUGAAGUUCCGCAAAGGGGAUACUGACAACACAGAGCUCAAGUCUGGGGCAGGCACUCAGCUCAUCAUGAGUGCCAAACCCUCGCCCCCCGUGGUAUCAGCCCCCACGGGGAGGGCCGCACCUGGGCAGACGGUGAACUUCACCUGUGAGUGCCACGGCUUCUCCCCCAGGAACAUCAUCUUGAGAUGGUUCAAAGAUGAGAACGAGCUCCCAGCCUCCUGGACCGCCGUGGACCCAGAGGGAGACAGCCCUUCCUACAGCGUCUCCAGCACGGCCAGGGUGCGGCUGGCCGCGGGGGAUGUCCGCUCCCAGGUCAUCUGCCAGGUGGACCACGUCACCCUGCAGGGGGGCCCUCCUCUUCGUCAGACUGCCAACCUGUCUGAGGUCAUCCGAGUUCCGCCCACCUUGGACAUUACCCAACGCCCCAUGUCAGAGAUCCAGGUGAACAUCAUCAUCUGCCACGUGAAGAACUUCUACCCCCAGCACCUACAGCUGACCUGGUUGGAGAACGGAAGCAAGUCCGAAAUAAAAACAUCCUGGACCCAGGUAGAGAACAAGGACGGGACCUUCAGCUGGAGGAACUGGAUCCUGGUGAAUUCAUCUGCCCGCAGGGAGGACGUGGUGCUCACCUGUCAGGUGCAGCACGAUGGGCAGCCGGCGGUCGGCAGGAACCUCACCCUAGAGGCCUCCGCUCACCAGGACGCAGAUGAACCCUCUGGUGAGGCCUCCACUCCAACCUACCUGCUCUUUAAUACUUAACAUUUUUCAUGUUAAGAGUAGUAACUAU